AUGGCGAGGAAGAAGGUGAAGCUUGAAUGGAUAGCUAAUGACUCUGCCCGCAGAGCCACGCUGAAGAAGAGGAGGAAGGGAUUGGUGAAGAAGGUUGAAGAGCUCAGCACGCUCUGUGAUGUUAAGGCUUGUUUGAUAAUCUAUGCGCCCAGUGACGCACAGCCGGAGGUUUGGCCUUCUCCCCAUGAAGCUAACAAAGUUCUGGCUAAGCUGCGGCGGUUGCCGGAGAUGGAGCAGAGCAAGAAGAUGAUGAACCAGGAAGGCUUUAUGAGGCACAGGAUUGGGAAGCUGCAAGAACAGAUUCGGAAGCAGGAGAGAGAGAACCGAGAAGUAGAGACAAUGCUGAUAAUGUACAAAGGCCUCAUGGGGAAGAUGAACUUGCAGAGCUUAGAAAUGAGGAGCCUGACAAGCUUAGCCUGGCACAUUGAGCUCAAGCUGAAGGAAGUAAAGAGGAGAUUAGAGCACCUUCCAUUAGAGAUGGUCGCUGCAAAGGCAGAUAUCAAGGAGGAGCUGCCUCCAAUGGCAGAGAUUAUUAUGAAGGAGGUGGCGGUGGCGGCGGCGGAGCCGACUCCGGAGACGAAGGAGAAGCUGGUGUUCGACGAGGCCAUGGAGGAUCUGCAGAGGCAGGAUUGGUUCCGUGAUAUUAUGAAUCCACAGGAAGAGAUCAUGAAUAACGUUCCAUUCUAUGAACAUGGAAGUCCUGCAUGGUUGGAUUCUUACUAUCCAAAGAACUGA